AGGAGUGGAGAACGUAUAUAGGGACCAUGUGCUUGUGUGUGUACCUCACCGAUAUCAUUUAUAUGUAUUUGUAGCGACACCAGCGAUCCUAGUAGUGAGGCGUAACACUAAUUUUCGGGGAGUUUGGAGGGCCUGUCUCUGUCACGGGUCUUCUCGCUCGUUUGCGCACAAGGCCCACGCCGACGGCACUAUCUUGUGAAACAUCAAAUCGUGAAGAAGUGUUCAACAGAAAGCUUAAUCAAGUGCACUGGUUCACCGAUUAAGACCAGCUCGACAUAUCGCAAGAUCCUCAGUCACUGUGCAGAUCAGCAAGAUCUCACCAGGUGGCGCUCAAGAAGCCCAUAGCCGCAACUCAACAUCAACCGUCGGUAAGGAGGUACAGUUCACCUGUCCAGUUACCGACACAAUGGCGCAGCCGUCGAAGACGACCGGAAAACGGAUUGAGAUGCAAGACAGCUCGCAGGAGACCAUGGAGGUGCCAGAGCCAAACUCGUCAGCUCGCACCUCACCUGAGCCUAGUUCAAAGGAGGCAUCGCGUUGCUCACCAUCACCUCACUCACAUGCGACACGAGCCAACGCACCAGCAACACUGCCGAUUGAGCUGUAGCUCAAGGUUGAAAGUCAGAAGGGUCGACUCCGCACGGUGCAGAGCAUGCUCGACACAACCCGAGACAGCUCUGGACGCCUCUCCAGAGAAGAGCUCGACGACGUCAAGCAGCAAGUGGACGAGGUGCAGCGAGCCUUUAAUAAGGAACAUGCGCAUUUUGAGGUAGUGUGGCCCUCCUCAAUGCUGGACCACCCAUACUUUAAUGACCGCUGCUACCUCCAGAUGCAGCUGGUGUGCUUAGAAGUGAAAACACUCAUAGUAAAGAAGAAUGCGACGCUGCAGGCUCAACAAUCUGAUGUACAGGUAGUUCAAUCGCGGCUCCCGGUCCUCGAAUUGCCAAAAUUCACCGGAAAUUACACAGAUUGGCUGUCCUUCUUCGACCUGUUCAGCUCAAUGAUUUUGAACACCUCACAUCUGAAGGAUGUGGAGAAAUUUUACUACUUGAAGCGAUGUUUACGUGGAGAGCCAGCUCGGAUGAUCUCAAACCUCCCACUCACUGGCGCCUUACUGCAACCGGCUAUUGAACAGCUCAAGAACCGAUAUGGAAACAAGAGACAACUCGUUCAGGCUCACCUGGACAAGCUCACGUCGAUGCCAAUGAAUUCAAAUCAAUCUUCCAGAUUAUUGAGCAAACUCAUCUCAACUGCCAUUGAGACUCGAAAUGCAUUGCUCAAGCUUGUCGAUCCCAGUAUGCUCGGCGACUGCAUGUUGGUGCACCAGGUGUGCAGACGGGUGGACCGCACCACAAGGGAGAAAUGGGAGUUCUCACUCGAGACAGCCACGGACUACCCGACGUUUGAGCAGCUCGACCAGUUCGGCAUAUCACGAAUCUGGACGUUGGAGAUGCUCAAAUCUAACCAAGCUAGAUCAGCCCAUGACAGUUAUUGGUGAGGGUCGAACAAAACCAACUGAUAACACUGACAACACCGGUGUGGUGUUGUGAAUGAAGCGCAUACAUCAACUUCGAUAUUAAAAUGUAGAAUUAACAUAAAAGCAUUUCAGUUUGGAAUUAGAUUAGAUUAAAUGUUUAUUAAUAACUUUUUAAUAGAUAAGUUAUAAAGAAAAGUUAUUCAUAAUAAAAAAGUUAUUUACUCCUUCUCUGUUAACAGCAAACAUCAGGAUACCAUUAGUUAAAUUUUCUCAUAAUAAAACUUCAUAGUAGGUACACUACUUUAAAAGCUGCUGACCGUUGCUACGCUUAAUAUACUGAAGCUAAAACUUUUUUCAUUAACUUACGAAUUUUCAUUAGCCAAUGCUGCUAAAUAUUUAGAACUUUUGAUUAAACAUGUUGAAGUUUAAUACCAUGACUUUUAAAUUAAACUUAAAUGUACAAUUUCAUUUUAAAAGGUACUGAUAAUGAA